CAGAAAUCAAGAAUCAAACCCGAUUCUUUCGCUAUAUUUGAAGUCAGCCCUAGGCCAACUAUGGCACUGAGCAAAGCUGAAAAACUACCCCAAGAAAUCAUAGUUGACAUACUAUCCCGGCUUCCUGCUAAGUCCAUAGGUCAAUUCAGGUGUAUAUCAAAGCAGUGGUGUUCUCUUCUGUCAGACCCCCAAUUCAUCUCAGCUCAGCUCACUAUCAAUUCCCACAAAGAAGAAGAAAACCUCAUUCUUGUCUCUGAUUCUCACUCUCUUCACACUAUCACUUUUAACCACAACCCCCAAAAUGGAACAAUUGAUGCCAUUUCAAGAAAGCUUAGUUUUCAGCAACUUGAAGACAAUUGGGUAAGUGUUGCUGGCUCAUGUAAUGGCUUCGUCUUAGUGGUUAAUGACGAGGAAAUCAAAUUUUUGAUCAACCCCACAACCUUAGGGUACUUUGAAAUUCCACAAUUUGAUUUGGCUCUUCCUGUGCCUGGUAGCUUUAGCAUGUAUGGUUUAGGCUAUGAUGUUGUUAGUGGUGAUUAUAAGGUGGUUACUCUUUCUUAUUACGAUACGGAUAAUGAAUAUGAGCCAGAUAUAGAUUAUACUUUUGUGGAUGUUUACUAUGUGAGAAAGGAUAUUUGGAGGAGACUUGAGAGUUCUCCUUAUGAUCAUGUAGUUCCUCAACUUGCUUCUGGUGUUUUGGUAAAUGGGGCUUUGCAUUGGUUAGCUAGUAGUAAAACCUCCGGUUAUUCAUCAGUAAUUGUUGCUUUCGAUUUAAGUGAUGAUAAAUUCUUGGAGGUGCCAGCACCAAGUACUCUUGAUAAAGGUAAUUUUGUGUUUAAUAAGCUUGUGGCUCUUAGAGGGUGUCUUUGUAUGUUCACUAAUACAGAUGAGGACGAAAUUGAUGUUUGGAUGAUGAAAGACUAUGGGGUUGAGGAGUCUUGGACCAAAUUUGUAGUUAAAGGACCGGAUUCGGUGACUGAUCUGAUACCAUUGUGUUUAAUGAGUGAGGAUGAUGUUUUACUAGAUGCGGAUGGAGAGUUGAUUGUCUACAGUAUGAGAGAGGAUCGGUGGAGGAAUAUGAUGGUUGAUGGGAUUCCUACCAUGUGUGAGAACGCAGGAACUGCAAUCUUUAGGGAGAGUCUUGUUUCUCCUACGUUUGGCUAGAAGCUCGUUACUCUUUUUCUUGAUGCAAUAUUUUGAGAUGAUGUUGUGUGCAGGUCUUGCCGGUGUUAUAUGUAGGUCGUCAUGUACCUCGAGAUGGCCGUCUCCUCCCCCCCCUUCCAGUAGGAACCGGCUCCCCUGUCUCCGCUCCACUGCAUUCCUGCCCGUCCUCUAGGCGCCCCCAACUAGAGAUGAAGUUCGAGAACCAUAAACAACUCAGUUGAGAGCUCCCUGACUGGUUCAAGCAAAGGAAUUAGUCUACUUCUCUGACAUUUUCCCGGUGCCUAUGAAAUGGAAUGUCAAGAGAACUGCAUGUUUUUAAGGAGGCAUGGAUCUCUCUAUAUUUAAAGCCCAAUGGUGCUACUCGGUAAACUAUGAUAGGAGAGUUUUCGAUGGAGACUUGCACUUUGAUUUGUAUAUUGCUGUUAUGUAAAGACAACUGUUGCAGAGCUAGGAGAAAGGGGACCUUUUGAGCAAACCCUCUAAUGUGAUUUUGUUUGUUAGAGAGUUUAUAUCUCAGUUGAGUUUCUCAACUUUCAGGUGAAUAGAUCAUAGAUGGUCUGACUAACUAUUCUACUUGCCCAUAUAACAAGAGGGUUUA